AUGAGUUCCUAUUUUGUUAACUCAACUUUUCCCGUGUCUCUACCGGGAGGACAGGACUCUCUCCUGGGUCAGAUACCGUUAUAUUCCUCGGGAUACACCGAUCCGUUAAGACACUACUCCAACGCGGCCACAUAUGGAGCAGCAGCGAACAUGCAGGAGAAGGUUUACCCGGCGUCCUACUACCAGCAGACGGGCGCGGCGGCUGCGGCCAUCUACGGCAGGGCCGGCGGCGGAGCGCCCUGCGACUACAACCCGGUCGGGACUUUCUACAAGGACGCGGAGGGCUCCUGCGCUUUCUCGAGCCGCGAGGACCAGCCGCUGUUUGUCACUCAGGAGCAUCAGCAGCGCAAAGCGGAGUGCCCGGAGCAGACUGUCAGUAUGAGCAGCAGCAUUGACGACAAGUCCUCCACUCUGAUCUACCCGUGGAUGCAGAGGAUGAACGCCUGCUCCGCCGGCCCAUUUGGCAACAGUGGCCGCAGGGGCCGACAGACCUACACCCGCUACCAGACUCUGGAGCUGGAGAAGGAGUUCCACUUUAACCGCUACCUGACCAGGAGGCGCCGGAUAGAGAUCUCCCACGCCUUGUGUCUGACGGAGAGACAGAUCAAAAUCUGGUUUCAGAACCGCAGGAUGAAGUGGAAAAAGGAGAACAAACUCCUCAAUCCAUCAAAGACACCCGAGGAGGAAGAAGAGGCGGAGAAAAAGAGCUAA